AUGAGAAUUAAAGACAGAAAUAUAAAAGUACUGAAUUAAAAACAUCGUAAUUUGAAUACACACUUGUUUUCAGCGUUCAUCAUUUAGGAUUACUCGUGUGAAGAAAAAACCACCAUGAUGCUUUAUAAAGGAUUUCUCCUUUUCCUGUUGGCUGCUCCUGGAGACGUUGCUUCCUUAUCUUGUUAUUCGUGUAACAACGUUGACAGUUUAGAUAGUUGUAAAACUAUUACAACAUGCGGAAAAAGAGAGUCAUGUUUCAAACGUUUACAAAAGAAAGGACAAUCUGCCUCAUUCACACUCGGAUGUACACAAAAUGAAAAUUGCGGUAGCAUACCAGUAUACACUAACGUGUCAAAGUUGAGCAAUGGUCAACUGAUACAAGAAUGUGAAGAAUGCUGCGGUGUUGAUCAAUGCAACAAAGACCUCUGUAACUACAAAACACCUCCCCCAUGCAGCGAUAAUACAGAAAACUGUGCAUUCUGGAACAAAGGUUUCGACAUCUGUGAAGAUAUCCAUCAAGCCAAGUUAGUUUGUCGUAAAUUCUGCAAACUGUGUGAUCUAGUUGACGGAAACUGGGCCGAUUGGUCAUCGUGGUCAUCAUGUGACGUCACAUGCGGUCACGGAAAACACACACGAAUCAGAACGUGUACCAACCCUGCACCUGCAUACAAAGGUCUUGAUUGUAACGGAACUAAGUCAGACUUUAAACCGUGUACUCGGCCAUUAUGUCCAGUUCAUGGGGGCUGGGCGGGAUGGUCAAGUUGGGAGUCAUGCCCUGUAACAUGCGAUAUAGGUAUACAGAAGAGACAUCGUACAUGUACUAACCCGUCUCCUCUACGACAUGGCGAUCAUUGCUUUGGGGAUACGAUGGAUGUCAGACUGUGCAAGCAAAACCCAUGUGAUGAAUCAAACUCAUCUGUUGCAUUUAACGCCUACUUUGUUACGGACUGCAGUCCAAGAGCUGGCCAGACUAUGGUUUUUUCUAAUAUACUUAUGAAUGAAGGAGGAGCAUACAACCCGUCCACUGGUGUGUUUGUUGCCCCUAAAGAUGGAACGUACAUCUUUAAUGCUCAGCUAUGUAUAAUUAAACAAAAAACUCUUAGCUUUGAUAUAAUGGUAGGAUCAAAGGUUUAUGGGACCGCUUACGGACUUGAUUACUACUAUAGUAACUGCUACUCGACACAAGCAAUUGCACAAAUGAAAUCAGGUGACAAAGCCUUUGUUCAAUGGAAAUUAGGGACACAUACUGGUAAUGUUGUUCCACAAAGUACAUACUACAGAAAUUCUUUCUCUGGAAAAUAUUCAAAUCCCUAAUUGUUACACCGAACAAAAUGAUUUCUCAAGAAUUAUAUUUCACAAAAGAAAGGAAAUGUAAAUCAUCUAUUUUAAAAACUUAUUCAUCUUUAUUUGUUUAACAAAAAAUGAAACUAUUGAAGAAGUGAAUAUGUCAUGUAAAGAAUAUUUGUUGGCUUAAACUACAACUACAUGAAUUAU